AAUCAGUUACAUAAAAACUUGGUCUAAUUUGAAUCUGAAAAGCAAGACAGAUUACCACUUGGUUAACUGCUAAUUAGUCAAACUAGUUCUUAAGACACGAGUCUUGUUUAUGCAACUGGCCCCAGGGCACUUUCUGUUGUUCGGAUGCAUUUCAUGUUCCCAUUAUAAACGUCUUAAUAUAUUGGGACACCUGCAUUAUUUUAGGUGAAUUUUCACUGCUUAAAGGUUAUUCCUGCUGCUUCCACUAGAGGGACAGUUGGGAAAGUUCUUGCUAGCCGUUGGGAUCAGAUGAAUGCAGGCGUUCAUGUUAGCCGUUUGGCGCACAAUAGAUUUGCAUGAGAAUGGAGUGCUGCUGAAAGCUCCGGUAACAGAGGUGUUUUCCAUCUCAUUCACUCUGCCUCUGAGCCCCGCUGACCUGAUUCCACACGCAAAUAUGUCCCUCUUCCAUUUCCUCACCCUGUCCCUCCUCCUCCUCUUCCUCAUCCUCAUCCUCGUCCUCCUUGUCCCUCUGCCCUCUGAAGACUCAAUGAUGGACAACAGCACCGACCACCAGAACAGAUCCACCUUCCUGUACUUCGCUUACGGCAGUAAUCUUCUGAAGGAGCGACUGCAGCUGAAGAACCCGUCAGCCACCAUCUACUGCGUGGCCAAACUCAAGGACUAUAAACUGGUCUUCGGGAACCAUAAAGGACUGGCGAGUCAGCGCUGGCAUGGCGGUGUUGCGACCAUCGAGCACUGCCCGGGGGACGACGUGUGGGGCGUCGUGUGGAGGAUGAACAUGUCGGACCUCGAGUCCCUGGACAGGCAGGAGAAUGUGAAAAUGGGCACCUACAGUCCAGUGGAGAUGAACGUCUCCACCAGCAACCAGGACCUCAGCUGUCGGAUGUAUAUCAUGAACAGCUGCAUUUAUGCGCCACCGUCGCUGCAGUAUCUACAGGUUAUUGUGAUGGGCGCGGAGCAGAACGGGCUUCCGAAGGACUAUCAGGACAAACUCAGGUCUAUUGAAACCAACAAAUACGAGGGACCUCUGCCUGUGAUGGAAGAACUGGAGAAAGCUUUGAAAAAAUCCAAAGAAAGGACAGAAGUGAUUCAAUCUGAUGAUUAGCAUCAUAAAUGCUGUCUAUGUGCACACUUAUCUGUAGUCUAUAGAAUGUACACCACAGCACAACGCUAGUAGACAGGUUCGUUCUGUUUUUAACUCAGAAGAAUGUGCAGUAUUUGUAACAUUUAACAAAACAGUUGCAUAAAGUAUUUGUUGCCGGCAUUCAUUAUGUUGUGUUCUGCUUGUGUUAUUUUCACUUCUGACUGUAGUAAAAACCCUUUUGGAACCUCCAUUUUUAAGAGUUUAUGCCAAAAUGUAAUCAAAUAAGAUUAGAU